AUGGCGCCUCCUCAUUCGCGACCGCCGGUUGCACCGCAACUUCUCGAGAUCCCACUGCAGCUUGCGAUCGUGGCGUUUGCGGUAACGCUGCUGGGCCUGAAUGCAUGGGACUAUUCGCGAUGGAUGAUUCUGCGCGAAAAGGCGACGAUUACACAGCUGGUGACGAUCAACGAUAACGGCAUGCUCAACGUGGUUCUUGCCGGUAUGAUCAUCGCGGCGGUUACGUUUGCGUUUGGAAACCUCGCCGCGUUCCUGGCGUGCGUGCAGUUCCCCAAGCGUCGUGGAGAACGAACCGGCAAAGGAACCUACGGCUACAUCCUGGUGGGACUUGUGGAACUCGUUCUGUCCGGUGCAUUGUUGGGCAUCGCCGCUGCUUACACAGCUUAUGCAGUCCAGAAGCAUCCCACUUUCGAGAGGGGUCCUAGCUACCAGGAACCCUUCACUGACGGACAAAAGGUGUUCCUCCGAGCCAUCUAUGAGAUGUUCAAGAACGGUCAGAACGUCAACCCUCCCACACAGACCACUCAGUCCCUCUCGGCGCUGGGUCCGUGGGCACAGAUCAACAACAUCGAACAGGCCAAUGCCUUCCUGGCCCAGAAUAGGUAUCUCAACUACACGCAUUACCGCAUCACAACCGCGAUUAGCUGGGUCACGCUCGCAACCACCUUCUUCGUCAUGGCCGUCCACUUCGCUUUGCCCCUCGUCCUCAAGGCGCUCGGUAUGACAAGACCCCCCAAGGGCCAGGAACCCGCGCGUGCAAGCUCAAGAGUCCCCGUCGGCUACGGCGAUAAACGCAACAGAGCCGCAGGCUACCAGCGUGAAGAUUACGCCGAAUACUAA